CCAAACCUCCCCUCCAAAUUGCCAGAUAUGAACAACACCAAACAGCGUAAUUCCCACUCGAAACAAACACGACCCUAACCGCAAUUAAAAUUAAUCAGAACUCACAAUUCUCAUCACCCCCUUUCUCUUUCUCUUUCUCUCUCCUCCGUUUCGAUCGACGGUGUCGGUGAUCUCCCAAUCUCUCUCCUCUUCUUUGUUUCACCCAAUUUCCCAAAUCUCUCUCCCUUCUUCUUCCUCCUCCUCCCCCCAUUACUCCACAACCCCAAGAAGGAGGAGGAAGAUCAUCAUCAUCAAUGGCGGGUGCUUCUAGAAGAUUAAGAGACCUUCAAUCACAAACAGGCAACAAAACUUGUGUUGAUUGUUCCCAGAAAAAUCCACAAUGGGCAUCUGUUUCUUACGGGAUUUUCAUGUGUUUGGAGUGUUCAGGGAAGCAUCGAGGUCUCGGUGUUCAUAUCAGUUUUGUCAGAUCUGUCACCAUGGAUUCAUGGUCUGAGAUCCAGCUUAAGAAGAUGGAGGCUGGUGGUAAUGAUAAGCUUAAUUUGUUCUUACAACAGUAUAGUAUUCCCAAGGAAACUGAUAUUGUUGCCAAGUACAACUCAAAUGCUGCCUCCGUUUACCGGGAGAAGGUCUCGGCUUUGGCCGAGGGGCGAUCGUGGCGAGACCCGCCUGUCGUGAAGGAAUCCGUUGGCGGUGGUAGUAAGAAACCUCCUUUGGGUGGUGGGAGGAGUAGUGGGAGUGGUAAUAAUGGUGGGGGUUGGGAUAGUUGGGAUAAUGAUGAUUCGUUUAGAUCGGCGGCGAAUGGCGGUGUCGCGAAUGAUAUGAGGAGGAAUCAGUCUGCUGGGAAUUUCAGGAAUACGAAUGGAAUUGGGAGUGCGAAUGGGAAUGGUAAUCAUGCUCCUCAUAAGUCAAGAUCGUCGUCGGAUAUAUACUCGAGGGCGGAAUUGGAGGAGUCUGCAGCUAAUAAGGAUAGCUUCUUUGCUAGGAAGUUGGCGGAGAACGAGACGAGGCCGGAUAAUGUCCCUCCUUCUCAGGGAGGGAAGUAUGUUGGGUUUGGGUCUAGUCCUAAUCCUAACCCUACUUCAAUGUCUAGGAAUAAUAAUUCACAGGGUGAUGUUUUUUCUGUUGUUUCUCAGGGAAUUGGGAAGCUGUCUUUGGUUGCUCAAUCAGCUGCUAGUGUUGUUCAAGCAGGCACAAAAGAUAUCACUUCAAAGGUUCGCGAAGGUAGCUAUGAUUACAAGGUUAAUGAAACUGUUAAUGUUGUCACUGCUAAGACUUCUGAGAUAGGUCAGAAGACAUGGGGCAUCAUGAGAGGUGUCAUGGCAAUAGCUUCUCAGAAGGUUGAGGAGAUUACACGGGAAAGCGGGGUGAACUGGAAGACUGAUAACCCACAUCAAACUGAAAACGAAAGGAAUGGAUAUUAUCAGGACUUCAGGCAGGAAUCCCAGGGAUGGAACAGAAGUUCAGCCGGCGGGCAAUCCUCGUCUGGCAGACAAAAUAAUGCAGUCAGCUCAGGAUCUUGGGAUGAUUGGGACCAAAAGGACAACUGGAAGGAAGGUUUUAAAAAGGGGGGAUCGUCCCAAAGUCAUGAUGAUUGGGCUGGUUGGGAUGACCACAAAGAUGAUGAGUUUGACGAUUUCCACCAUAGCUCGACUAAUAAAAGUUCUGGCCAUAUUGGGAAAUCAGAUGCAAAAUGGGGUGAGGGUGGCUUCCUUUGAAGAUUUUCGUGUUGAAGCAGUCAUUCUUCAAAUACAAAGGUGUUUAUGUUUGCUUCUAGUCUAUAUGUGUACAACUGCCCACAAGAGGGAUUUUCCCUUAAAAACAUUUAUUUGUGACCGAGCUGUAUCAAUUAUUGCUAUUUUUCAGACUGUUUUCUUCUAGUUACUCUUGUCAACGAUAUAUUUUCUUAUUUCUUCUGUUCGAUUUGUAUUAUAGGCCAUUCUUGUUUCAAAUUUCACUGGAAUCAAAAUUGACAAGGCUUUUUUCUUCA